AACAAAAGACUACACACAAAACCGCGUAUCAACUUCCAUCAAAUGAUGCUCUAGACUACUCAUUAACUCACCCAAAAUUCUCAUAACCAGACAAAAUUUUCUCUACCCUUUGUUUCUCUUCAUCUUUCCUUUCUCCUUCUUCUUCCUCAUCUUUUUCUUCUUUGGUUUUAUUCAGAGAAAAAAAAGAUGGUACUACACAUAUUGUUACUAAUCAUAUUGUUCAUUGUUGGUCUAUUCAAUUUGUACUUCUAUGUUCCCACCAAGAAAGUCUAUGCUUGGAUUCAGUCUUUGUUCAUUUCAGCUAGUAGUAGUAGUAGUGGUAGUACUUCAUCAAAAACUUCAAUUGACAAGUCAUUAUUAUCUCCCAACAAAGAGAAGAACAUCAUCAACAACAGCAUCAACAAGAAGGCUGAGCUUAGAAAAGUAUUUGCCACCUUUGACAAGAACAGUGAUGGAUUCAUAACAAAGCAAGAGUUGAGGGAAUCGUUGAAGAACAUAAGAAUCUUCAUGACAGAGAAAGAGGUUGAAGAAAUGGUCUUGAAAUUGGAUGCUAAUGGAGAUGGUUUGAUUGACUUUGAAGAGUUUGGUUUGCUUUGUGAGUCCAUGACUGGUGGUGGUGGUGAGCAAGGAAAAGAUGAGGUGAAUGGGAAUGAAAGUAUGUUGGAAAAUGAAGAGGAUUUGAAGGAGGCUUUUGAUGUGUUUGAUAGAGAUAAAGAUGGGCUGAUUACGGUUGAGGAGUUGGGUUCAAUUUUGUCUUCUUUGGGAUUGAAAGAAGGGAAGAAGAUGGAGAAUUGUAAAGAAAUGAUUAAGCAGGUUGAUAUGGAUGGAGAUGGCAUGGUUAACUUUGAAGAGUUCAAGAGGAUGAUGAAAAGUGGAGGACAGCUUUUCUUCUCUUCUUCUUGUUAAGAAGUUUUCUCUCUUAACUAAUUUUCAAGUUUUAAUUAUUAUAUGUCUCCUCUCGCUCUCUCUCUCUCUCUAACAGACAUGAUAGGCUACAAGGUAAAGGUGUUUGAAAAGAUCACAAUAGUCCGUGGUCAUGAACCAAUUUCUCUGUAAUUAUUUCAUUUCAACUUUCUUUACCGGCAAAAGUUGUGGUAUCAUGUGUGUUAUGUGUUGAAACUAAUGCUAGACUGCAAUUUCUACAUAGGGUUCCUCUGCAAAUUCCUUCCAAUCCUCAUAAAAGUCAAUGAGAAGGAUAGGUGUGAUGUAAUUUAUAGUUCAAUAUAGCAAGUAGCAACUAUUUAUUUAUAUAUA